AUGAAAUUCCCCGCAGCUGUUGCCCUCUUCUCGACUAUCUCCGCCGUGGCUGCCGCUUACGUCGGCUCUCCCUCGGCCUACACCUACACCUCGGUCCCCGAGUUCGAAAUCGAAGUCUCCCCCAACAAGACGAUCAUAGCACGCGGCACAAUCGAGCAGAUCCGCGAGCAGGCCCUGGCGCACAACCCCAAUUGGGAUGAGGAGUACUACGCUCCCGCCCAGAAGCUCGCUGAAGAGCGAUACCAACUCGUUCCAGCUGGCGCAGACGCCAACUCGACAGGGUCAACCCCCAGCCUUGAGAAACGCCGCGCCGAGGACUUUGACAGUCUUCGUAUCACUUGUGGCAGGCCAUGGCAUGCUGUCUCAUACGAGGGUGCGCUGAAGGAGGCGCUUCGUUUGUAUGGUGUCAAGGGCACGCCACAAAAUGGUCCCGGGCCGGGUAACUGUGGGCGUGUAGGCUGCUCGUACGGGACGGCGAUAAUUUGGUGUAAUGAUGACACGGAGACGAAGACGCUCAGCAGCUUUGAUGAGAUUGCGGAUGGGGCGUUUGCUAUCAUGCAGAAGUGCGCCCAUGACAAGCAUGGUGAGGGUACCAAGGCUCAGAGUACAGGAUCGACUGCUCCAGAUGCAGCUACACUAAAUUAA